GCGCAGUACGGUCCCCCGGGCGACGGCGGCGGCGGCGGCGGCGGCGGCUCCUCGGGGUGCUCGGCUCCCUCCCAUCUAGGCCGGCCCCGGCCCGUCUUGCCGCCAGGAACUUACUGUUUGGGGCCGCGAACUUUCUCGUCGUGCCCCACGAAAGUAAACCUUGGGGACCUGGGGGAGCCGGAAGUACCGCCUCGGGAUCCCCAAAUACUAUCGGGGAAACGGAAGUGGCCAUCGGUAGCAGGUUGGGGGAGACCGGAAGUGACGAGAGCUCUCGGCCAUGGAACCGAGUGAUAGUUCCAGCACCGCCAUGGAGGAACCUGAUAGUCUGGAAGUGCUGGUGAAGACCCUGGACUCGCAGACUCGGACCUUUAUCGUGGGGGCUCAGAUGAAUGUCAAAGAGUUUAAGGAGCACAUUGCUGCCUCAGUCAGCAUUCCCUCUGAAAAACAACGGCUCAUCUACCAGGGUCGAGUUCUGCAGGAUGAUAAGAAGCUCCAGGAAUACAAUGUUGGGGGAAAGGUUAUCCACCUGGUGGAACGAGCUCCUCCUCAGACUCAGCUCCCUUCUGGAGCAUCUUCUGGGACAGGGCCUGCCUCAGCUACCCAUGGUGGGGGACCCCUGCCUGGUACUCGGGGGCCUGGGGCCUCUGUUCAUGACCGGAAUGCCAACAGCUAUGUCAUGGUUGGAACCUUCAAUCUCCCUAGUGACGGCUCUGCUGUGGAUGUUCACAUCAACAUGGAACAGGCCCCGAUUCAGAGUGAGCCCCGUGUACGACUGGUGAUGGCUCAGCACAUGAUCAGAGAUAUACAGACCUUAUUAUCCCGAAUGGAAUGUCGAGGGGGGACCCAAGCACAGCCCAGUCAGCCGCCCCUGCAGACUCCAACUGUGGCCCCAGAGCCCGUAGCUUCAAGCUCUCAAGCAUCGGAACCUGUCGAAAGUGAAGUUCCUCGUCGGGAGCCCAUGGAGGCAGACGCCGUGGAGGAGCGCGCCCCAGCCCCGAGCGUGGAGCCCCCGCCUUCUGGCCCGGCCCCCGCAGCGCCCACUUCCGCCCCAGAAACAAAUGCACCCAACCAUCCUUCUCCUGCGGAAUAUGUGGAAGUGCUCCAGGAGCUCCAGCGGCUUGAGAGCCGCCUUCAGCCGUUUCUGCAGCGCUACUAUGAGGUUCUGGGCGCCGCUGCCACUACGGACUACAACAACAAUCAGGAGAGCCGUGAAGAGGACCAGCGGCUGAUGAACCUGGUGGGGGAGAGCCUGCGGCUGCUGGGCAACACCUUCGUGGCGCUGUCUGACCUGCGCUGCAACCUGGCGUGCACGCCACCGCGACACCUGCAUGUGGUCCGGCCCAUGUCCCACUACACCACCCCCAUGGUGCUCCAGCAGGCGGCCAUUCCCAUCCAGAUCAAUGUGGGGACCACUGUGACCAUGACAGGGAAUGGGACUCGCCCCCCCCCAACUUCCAAUGUUGAGGCACCUCCCCCUGGUUCUGGGCAGGCCUCGUCCCUGACUCCCUCUUCCAACACGGUGGAGUCUUCAAACGAGGGGGCUCCCCCGCCAGGGCCAGCUCCUCCCCCAACCGCCAGCCACCCGAGGGUCAUCCGAAUUUCCCACCAGAGCGUGGAGCCCGUGGUCAUGAUGCACAUGAACAUCCAAGAUUCUGGCACACAGCCUGGUGGAGUUCCGAGUGCUCCCACUGGCCCCCUAGGACCCCCUGGUCAUGGCCAGACCCUGGGCUCCACCCUCAUCCAGCUGCCCUCCCUGCCCCCUGAGUUCAUGCACGCCGUCGCCCACCAGAUCACUCAUCAGGCCAUGGUGGCCGCUGUUGCCUCCGCGGCCGCAGGACAGCAGGUGCCAGGCUUCCCAACAGCUCCGACCCGGGUGGUGAUUGCCCGGCCCACCCCGCCACAGGCUCGGCCUUCUCAUCCUGGGGGCCCCCCAGUCCCUGGAGCUCUGCAGGGCACUGGGCUGGGUACCAAUGCCUCUUUGGCCCAGAUGGUGAGCGGCCUUGUGGGGCAGCUUCUUAUGCAGCCUGUCCUUGUGGCUCAGGGGACUCCGGGAAUGGCUCCACCUCCAGCUCCCGCCACUGCUUCUGCCAGUGCUGGCACCACCAACACCGCCACCACAGCUGGCCCUGCCCCUGGAGGGCCUGCCCAGCCUCCACCCCCUCAGCCCUCCACCACUGAUCUUCAGUUUUCUCAGCUCCUGGGGAACCUGCUGGGGCCUGCAGGGCCAGGGACCGGAGGGCCUGGCAUGGUUUCUCCCACCAUCACUGUAGCGAUGCCUGGUGUCCCUGCCUUCCUCCAGGGUAUGACUGACUUCUUACAGGCCACACAGACGACCCCUCCUCCCCCUCCCCCACCCCCGCCGCCUCCCCCAGGCCCGGAGCAGCAGCAGACCACGCCUGCCCCAGGGUCCCCUCCUGGUGGUGCCGGCAGCCCCGGAGGCCUGGGUCCUGAGAGCCUGCCGCUAGAGUUCUACACCUCUGUGGUGCAGGGGGUGCUGAGCUCCCUACUGGGCUCUCUGGGGGCUCGGGCUGGCAGCAGUGAGAGUAUCGCUGCCUUUAUCCAGCGCCUCAGCGGAUCCAGCAACAUCUUUGAACCUGGGGCUGAUGGGGCCCUCGGAUUUUUUGGAGCCCUGCUCUCCCUUCUGUGCCAGAAUUUUUCCAUGGUGGAUGUGGUGAUGCUUCUCCAUGGGCAUUUCCAGCCACUGCAGCGUCUCCAGCCUCAGCUUCGCUCCUUCUUCCACCAACACUACCUGGGCGGCCAGGAGCCCACACCGGGUAACAUCCGGACGGCAACCCACACGUUGAUCACUGGGCUAGAAGAAUACGUGCGAGAGAGCUUUUCUUUGGUGCAGGUGCAGCCAGGUGUGGACAUUAUUCGGACAAACUUGGACUUUCUUCAGGAGCAGUUUAAUAGCAUUGCUGCUCAUGUGCUUCACUGCACAGACAGUGGAUUUGGGUCCCGUUUGCUGGAGUUGUGUAACCAGGGCCUAUUUGAAUGCUUGGCACUGAACCUUCACUGCCUGGGGGGACAGCAGAUGGAGCUUGCUGCUGUCAUCAAUGGCCGAAUUCGUCGCAUGUCUCGUGGGGUAAACCCAUCCUUGGUGAGCUGGCUGACCACUAUGAUGGGACUGAGGCUGCAGGUGGUCCUGGAGCACAUGCCUGUAGGCCCUGAUGCCAUCCUUAGAUACGUCCGCAGAGUUGGUGAUCCCCCCCAGCCACUUUCUGAGGAGCCGAUGGAAGUUCAGGGAUCAGAGAGAACUUCCCCUGAGCCUCAGCGAGAGAACGCUUCCCCCGCCCCUGGAACAACAGCAGAGGAGGCCAUGUCCCGAGGUCCACCUCCUGCUCCCGAAGGGGGCUCCCGAGAGGAACAGGACGGAGCGUCAGCUGAGACAGAGCCUUGGGCAGCUGCGGUCCCCCCAGAAUGGGUCCCUAUUAUCCAGCAGGACAUUCAGAGCCAGCGAAAGGUGAAACCACAGCCUCCCCUGAGUGAUGCCUACCUCAGUGGUAUGCCCGCCAAGAGACGCAAGACGAUGCAGGGUGAGGGCCCCCAGCUGCUUCUCUCAGAGGCCGUGAGCCGGGCAGCUAAGGCAGCCGGAGCUCGGCCCCUGACGAGCCCCGAGAGCCUGAGCCGGGACCUGGAGGCACCAGAGGUUCAGGAGAGCUACAGGCAGCAGCUCCGGGCUGAUAUUCAAAAGCGACUGCAGGAAGAUCCUAACUACAGCCCCCAGCGCUUCCCUAAUGCCCACCGGGCCUUUGCUGAUGACCCCUAGCUCUAUGACCCUUCCAUGUCGGGGGACCAUUUCCCCUUCUCUUCCUUCACAGUAUUUAAGAAAUAAAAAGUCAGAUUUUCCUGGC